GGAACUUGAAAAAUAAACAAAAAUAUUCAAUUUGACACUAUUCACUGCCUAUCGCAAGAGCAUAAUGAUCAGAUGGGAGCAUGUUUAGGAGCAGUUCUCGUGGAAAUCUGGCCAAUCGAAUAUUCCAAGAUCUUCCACCAUGCAGCGCUAGGGCCACCCCCACCCGGCUAAGCCAGCCUUCUGUCCCCGCAAGUUGGUGUGCCCGUAUUACAGGCGCCCCAAGCUCUAAGCUCAGGUGUUAGCUCUGUUAAAGACACGUUGUCGAAUUUCAUCCGCCGAAGCUUCAAAUUCACAACGUUGGCUUUCCACAACCCAUCGACAAGCUUCUUCUUUUUUUCCUUGAGCUCUGGGAGUGAUAUCCAUUGCCCGAAACCAACCAUCGUGUCCAUCUCCGCCGUUGAGGACAUCUUUCGUUGUCUUUAUCUCUACCCAUAGCUGCUUGGAACAGCAGUCUACCUUCACAAUGAAGUUCAACGUUGCUGCCGCUGCUGCCAGCGCAGCCAUCCUGGCCGGUGGUGUCUACGCCGACGACCAGAAGGUGCUCAAGGAGGAAAGCUCCAGCACUGCCGCCGAGGCCUCGACCAAGUCGGUCCCCCCUCUGCCAACCUUUACUCCUACCAAGCUCAAGGCCCCAUUCCUCGAGCAGUUCACCGACGACUGGGAGCAAAGGUGGAAGCCUUCCCACGCCAAGAAGGAUACCAAGGGCUCUGAGGAAGAAUGGGCCUACAUCGGCGAGUGGUCCGUCGAGGAGCCCACCGUCUACAAGGGCAUGGAGGGUGACAAGGGUCUUGUUGUCAAGAACGCUGCUGCCCACCACGCCAUCUCGGCGAAAUUCCCCAAGAAGAUCGACCCCAAGGGCAAGACCCUCGUCGUUCAGUAUGAGGUUAAGCUUCAAGACGGCCUCGAAUGCGGCGGUGCUUAUAUGAAGCUCCUCCGGGAUAACAAGGCUCUCCACCAGGAUGAGUUCUCCAACGCGACCCCAUACGUGAUCAUGUUCGGUCCCGACAAGUGCGGCCACACCAACAAGGUGCACUUCAUUUUCAAUCACAAGAACCCCAAGACUGGGGAGUACGAGGAGAAGCAUCUCUCUUCCGCGCCCUCGGCCAAGAUUGUCAAGACUACUGAGCUCUACACCCUCACAGUCCACCCCAACAACACCUACUCCAUUGGCAUCAAUGGCGAGCAGGUCAAGGAGGGCAGCCUCCUCGAGGACUUUACUCCUUCGGUCAACCCUCCCAAGGAGAUUGACGACCCCAAGGACAAGAAGCCCGAGGACUGGGUUGAUGAGGCCCGUAUUCAGGACCCCGAUGCCAAGAAGCCCGAUGACUGGGAUGAGGAUGCCCCGUACGAGAUUGUCGAUGAGGAUGCCACUCAGCCUGCUGACUGGCUCGUCGAUGAGCCCCUCACCAUCCCCGACCCCGAGGCCCAGAAGCCCGAGGAUUGGGAUGAUGAGGAGGAUGGUGACUGGAUCGCCCCCACUGUUCCCAACCCCAAGUGCGCUGAUGUUUCUGGCUGUGGCCCCUGGACCAAGCCCAUGAUUAAGAACCCCGACUACAAGGGCAAGUGGUCUGCUCCUUACAUUGACAACCCUGCCUACAAGGGCGUCUGGGCUCCCCGCAAGAUCAAGAACCCCGACUACUUCGAGGACAAGACUCCCGCCAACUUUGAGCCCAUUGGUGCCAUCGGCUACGAGAUCUGGACCAUGCAGAAGGAUAUCCUUUUCGAUAACAUCUACAUUGGUCACUCCGUUGAGGAUGCCCGCAAGCUCGCCGAGGAGACUUUCUUCAAGAAGCACCCCGUUGAGGAGGCCCUUGAGGAGGCCGAGAGACCCAAGGAGGAGGACAAGCCCGCUUCACCCAACGACCUCAAGUUCUUGGAUGACCCCAAAACCUACAUCACUGAGAAGCUUGACUUGUUCUUGACCAUCGCCCAGCGCGACCCCAUUGAGGCCAUCAAGUUCGUUCCCGAGAUUGCUGGCGGCAUUGCCGCUGUCCUCCUCACCGUCCUCGGCCUCAUCUUCGGCAUUGUCGGCGUUGCUACCAACCCCGCCCCUGUCAAGAAGGCUGCCGCUGAGGUCAAGGAGAAGGCCAAGGAGGCCAAGGACAAGGUCGCUGAGGCUGCCGCCACUGGCGCCGAGACGGCUAAGGCUGAGGUCACCAAGCGCACCAACACGCGGAAGGCGUAA